CAAUUAUUUCUACAUUUUGUUACAACUCAAAUAUAUAUUAAUUUUAUUAAAAAUGUUGAAGGCAACGGUCGUGUUUUUGACUUGCGUUAGCGUUUCCUUCGCACAGGUGAGUUUGAUGAAACUGGAGGAAAAGCCUAUAGAAUUUGCAAAUAAGCAAGGAUGUUAUAUUUCGGAUCUUAAAGAUGUAAUACCGUUCGGCGAAGGAGAACCCUCGAAAACCGCCUGCCAGCGAUAUAACUGCAGAGAGGACUUUGUGCAAAUAGUAGGUUGCGGCGUAGCGGCAGCAGUGCCUCCAUGCUACGUGACACAGGACCUGUCUCUGGUGCACCCAGCCUGCUGCCCCACCAUCAAGUGCCCUAAAGAGGAAGAAGUAGAAGAGUGUGACGAAGAAGUCUGAACUUGAUAAGUUCUUUAGUAUCUUACUUCUAUCACAGCUUCUAUUUAGACCUGUCUUAAGUAAAUGAAAUAAAUAUUA